GUCAAGAUGUCUAAUCAGCAAGAAGAGCAGGAUUUGCAGAAGUUCCUUAGGGAUGUGGAUGACAUUACCAGCUUGAUUCAAGGUCUGAAUUCCACAAACCCAGCUGUUCAAGAGAAAACCAUCGCAGAUACAGAGAAAAGAUUCAGCUCCAUUAAGGAGAAAGAAGAGGUCGAAUGCAGGCACACGGUGGACAGAACACUCAUCAAUACACGACCGUCUGUCAAGGAUUUGCCAGAUCAGGAGGGGCUGACGAAUCCCGAGACCUUCAUGGCUGCUUUAGAAAAGGAUGCCAAAGAGCGAGCCAGGAGGAGGAAAAAGAAUGAAGCCCUCGCAAAUGCACUGAAAGAGCAGGGGAAUGAGGCUUUUGGCAGAAGGGACUAUGCAGCGGCCGUCCAGAAGUACACGGAAGGGCUGAAGAAGAAGAAGGAUAUGCCGGUGCUGUACACCAACAGGGCUCAGGCUUACAUCAAGUUGCAGGAGUAUGAAAAAGCCGUCCUUGACUGUGAAUGGGCUUUAAGGUGUGACGAAAAAUACCUCAAAGCCUUCUUUCACAUGGGGAAAGCAUACUUGGCACUGAAGCAGUACAGUAAGUCCAGAGAAUGCUACAUGAAGAUUUUAGAAAUUGAUCCCCGUAAAGAGAAGAUGUGUAAAGAUUGCAUGAACGAAGUAGACUUGGAAGAAAAAAGACAGCGUGAGGAAGAUAAAGCCACCGAGGAGUUGGAAUCCGGAAAGUACACGGCCAUGUCUGUGAACACGUUGCUGCAGAAACUCAGCAGGCCUAAUGAAAGUGCUCUUUUUUAUGUGGGUGGGAUCCAGCUCUUGACUGAUACAAUGCAAGAUUGCACUGAACAGGCCUUGUUUAGGACAAACAAUGGAUUCAGUAUCAUAAAUGACAACGAGGUUGUCAGACGGGCAUUCCAUCCCGAGACAAAAUCCCCUGCUGAAGUGGAGCUGUCUCUUUCCCUUAUCCUCCUGUGGCAAGCAGUCUGCAAAGGGAAUGAGGAGAACCAGCGCCUGCUCCUCACUCAUCCCUACGUGAAUGUGCAGCUGCCCGCCCUGCUGCUCUCCGAGGUGCCCGAAAUCCAAGAGCGGUGCUUGGCCCUGCUGUCUCUCUAUGCGCAGACAGAGUGUGGAAGGAGCCUGCUGGUCAGACACCUGGACCUAACCAAGUGGCUGCAGAUUUUGAUGUCCUUCGUUAAUGUUUUUGACAGCAGAGCCAGUUGUGCGAUGGACCUGCUGACCAACCUCAUCGAGGAGGAGAAGUUCACGAUCCAGUGCCGUAUCAAACUCUCUACUGGGGUACUGCCGCUGUUUGCACGGUUGUUGAAUUCCGUCAAGACAGUGAACCAGGCGGCCCUUGUACAGUGCAUUUCCAUCAUGGGGGACAUCUGUUCGGACACCGUUAUCCGGAUGCAGAUGGCUGAAAGCCAGGAGUGCUGGCAGGCCUGCUUGAACCUCGUGGAUGAGUGGUGGUCCGAAAGCAAAGCCCCCAGAUACCCAGCGGGCCUCCAGGCAGUCCUCGGCCUAAUGAUGAACCUCUCUCUGGAAUCGAGCUCGGCUAUUCAGGAGCUUGCAGAAGAGAUCUCUCGGAGAUGCAUGUCCCUCCUCAGCAGCCAAGAUGGAACUGUCGUGACACGAGCAGUUGGGCUGUUGAGUCGCAUCCUGCCUGCCAGUCCAGUGGCUGUGGAAGAGACAGUGAAGCAGGAUCUGGUGAAGAAAAUGAUCCGUUUUCUGAAGGUAGGUGGGCAGAUCACAUCUGGCUAUGCGAUAAAGACCCUCGCUGUUUGCACCAAGAGCAGCCAGCAGGCACAGGAGGAGAUGGUGAAGCUGGACAAGAAAUGUCGCAUGCUGCUGAAGCUUUUGCGCUCUGAGGACGAGGGGGUGGCAGGAAACGCUGCCUUCUGCCUCGGGAGAUGCCUGGAGGUGCCCAGGACAGCCACGGAUUUGUUAGGCACCGAUGUUGUGAGGAUGUUACUGAAACUUGCCAGCAGGGGUACUCUAAAAGUCUCGGUGCAAGAGAAUGCAGCGAUCGCUCUAGGAAAGCUCUGCACGGCUGAUCCAAGGCACACCAGCCGGUUGCGGGAGCUCAACGGAAUGGCCGUCCUCAGCUCCUCAGUGAAAUAUGUGCAAGGAUUUUAA